UGGAGGGGUGGGAACAGGGCGGGAGAGGUGGCUUUGUGGUUGCUGCUAUUGUUAUUCAUAUACGAGGGAGCACGGGUCCAGCCUAGCCGCCUUGGUCUGCAGAAAGCACGUCCCAGAAUGAUUCCAGUUUCCAGUUUCCAGUCUGAUUUUCUUCUCUUGCACAGGAUAACGCUGACCCCAAACCGCUCUUCACAGGAUGAGAGCAUCAGGUGUGCUCCGCCUCUUGGCCCUCGUCUUCGCUGUGGUCACCACCUGCAUGUUUAUCCGUUCCUAUAUCAGCUUCAGCGUGAAAACCAUCCGCCUGCCCCGAUGGCUGCGUCCGGCCACCAAGGAGAUCCGACCGGUCAGGUCCAAGUGCGGCCUCAGCAAGCCCUGCCCAGGCAACUUCUUUGCAUUUAAAAUCAGCAGCGGGGCUGCCAACGUCGUGGGCCCUUCCAUGUGUUUCGAAAACCAAGUGAUCAUGAGCCCUGUGAAAAACAACGUGGGCAGAGGCCUGAACAUCGCCCUGGUCAAUGGAACUACGGGAGCGAUGCUGAAACAUAGCUACUUUGACAUGUACUCCGGAGAUCCUAACAAACUGGUGAAAUUCCUUAAGGAAAUUACAGAGGACACGCUGGUGCUGGUGGCCUCUUACGACGACCCGGGGACGAAAAUGAACGACGAGGCCAAGAAUCUCUUCUCCAACUUGGGGAGCACCUACGCAAAGCAAAUCGGGUUCCGGGACAGCUGGGUCUUCUUAGGGGCCAAGGACAUCAAGAAUAAAAGCCCCUUUGAGCAGUUCUUAAAGAAUGACCCCAAGACAAACAAAUACGAUGGGUGGCCGGAGCUGCUAGAGCUGGAGGGCUGCCUGCCUCGGAGGAUACCCUAG